AUGGAAAGGUACAGAAAAAGGAAGAAACGAAGGUUGAAGAAAGACAACAAUGAUCACCAAAACGACGAGGUUCAAUCAUCCAAAAACCUUCCUCUCUCCCUUGUAGAAUUACCUCAAGAGCUCGUCUUUUCUGAAAUCCUCACAAGAUUACCAGUAAAUUCCUUAACCCGUUUCAAAUCUGUGUCAAAAACAUGGAAUUCUAUAUUUUCAACCCCUUAUUUCAUCAAAUCUCAUAUAAAAUGCACUAAUUCAAACCCAUUUGUGUCUACAAAAUGUGUCUUUAUUAAAUCUGAUUAUUACUUUUACAUUCUUAAUUAUGGUGCAUAUGAUAAAUACCCAGAUGAUAAUCACGGAGAAAAGGGUUUAACUUUGAUAAAAAGUCUCCAUUUUUAUGAUAAUGGUGUUAAUACUUUUUUGAUUGGUUCAUGUAAUGGGUUGAUAUGCUUUGGGCGUGGCAAUAAAUUUAAUGGUUUCGAUUAUUACUUUCAUGUUUAUAAUCCAAUUAUGGGUAAAUCUCUACAUGUAUUUGAUCCUUGA